AUGGCCAGGACCAAGCAGACCGCCCGCAAAUCUACCGGAGGUAAAGCUCCCCGCAAGCAGCUGGCAACCAAGGCUGCUCGGAAAAGCGCCCCAGCUACCGGCGGCGUGAAGAAGCCUCACCGCUACCGCCCCGGGACUGUUGCUCUCAGAGAGAUCUGCCGCUACCAGAAAUCCACCGAGCUGCUGAUCCGCAAGCUGCCCUUCCAGCGAUUGGUGCGUGAGAUCGCCCAAGACUUCAAGACCGACCUGCGCUUCCAGAGCUCUGCCGUUAUGGCCCUACAAGAGGCCAGUGAGGCUUAUCUGGUGGGGCUGUUCGAGGACACCAACCUGUGCGCCAUCCACGCCAAGAGGGUAACCAUCAUGCCCAAAGACAUCCAGCUAGCCCGCAGAAUCCGAGGGGAGAGGGCAUAG